AUGCAGGUGGAGGUAGACGUUAUGUACGAAAACAAAAUUUAUAAAGGGAAGUUAUACGCCGCUCUUGGGCGACGAGGCGGUCGUGUUGUAGGCAGCGACUUGCAAAGCGGCUCGUCAUCAUUCCGGGUGCACGCGCUGAUGCCCGUCGCUGAGAGUUUCAAAUUCGCGCUCGAGCUGCGCACGCACACCUCAGGCUUGGCGGCACCACAACUUAUGUUCAGCCACUGGGAGGUGAUAGACAUUGAUCCAUUCUGGCAACCACGUACAGAGGAGGAGUAUUUGCACUGGGGCGAAAAAUGGGACGGUGUGAACAGAGCUAAAGCCUACGUGGACUCAGUGCGAGCUAGGAAAGGACUGGCCACCGAUAAGCAGCUUGUACAGCACGCGGAAAAACAGAGGACUCUCUCCAAGAAUAAGUAG